AAUAUCCUGAAUCACGUUCUUCUCUCAUAAUAACAAGGAGGGUGUGAAACUUUGCCCUUGAGUUCCAAGAAAUGUUGUUACGGCUCUAUUAACAUGUCGAAAUUAAACUUGCGAGAAAUAAGUGCGGAAUGUUUGCAGCUUAGCUUACAGUUUGAACUGUUGAAUGCCGGUGACUACCAUGAAUUUAAUAAUCGCGCUCAAGUAAUGGAUUUGAGAUAUAGAGGCCGAUGUCGAUGAUCCUGUGAAAAUCAUGUGUCUCAUUUUAUGGAAGGCUGUGGUGGCCCGUCUUCGAGUUUUGUUGAUAAUUUCUUGUCUUAUUAUUGUAGGAAGUUGUUCUGAAGAUGAAGAGCGGUUAGUUCGUGAUCUCUUUAGAGGUUAUAAUAAACUUAUUCGACCUGUACAGAAUAUAACUGAGAAAGUGGAUGUCAGAUUUGGUCUAGCAUUCGUGCAACUUAUCAAUGUCAACGAGAAAAAUCAAAUUAUGAAAUCAAACGUCUGGCUGCGAUUGGUUUGGAAUGAUUAUCAGUUGCAAUGGGAUGAAGCUGACUAUGGAGGAAUUGCUGUUCUUAGGUUACCGCCUGACAAAGUCUGGAAACCGGAUAUAGUCUUAUUUAACAAUGCUGAUGGUAACUACGAAGUUAGAUAUAAAUCGAAUGUAUUAAUUUAUCCUAACGGUGAAGUAUUAUGGGUUCCACCUGCGAUAUACCAGAGCUCCUGUACUAUAGAUGUAACAUAUUUUCCUUUCGAUCAACAAACAUGUAUUAUGAAAUUUGGAUCCUGGACAUUUAACGGAGACCAGGUUUCAUUAGCCCUGUACAAUAAUAAAAACUUUGUAGACUUAUCAGACUAUUGGAAGUCUGGAACCUGGGACAUAAUCGAAGUGCCAGCCUACCUCAAUAUUUAUGAAGGAAAUCAUCCUACUGAAACAGACAUCACUUUUUAUAUUAUUAUUCGUCGGAAAACGUUAUUUUACACCGUAAAUUUGAUACUUCCUACUGUACUAAUAUCUUUUCUUUGUGUGCUUGUCUUCUAUUUACCAGCUGAAGCCGGAGAAAAGGUAACACUGGGUAUCAGUAUUUUGUUGUCACUGGUUGUAUUUCUUUUGUUGGUAUCAAAAAUUCUUCCGCCAACAUCACUUGUAUUGCCACUUAUAGCAAAAUACCUUCUCUUCACUUUUAUAAUGAACACUGUCAGUAUUUUAGUAACAGUCGUGAUAAUAAAUUGGAAUUUCCGAGGACCUCGAACACAUAGAAUGCCUUCGUGGAUUAGGUCCGUUUUCCUUAAUUAUCUCCCAGCAAUAUUACUUAUGAAACGACCUCGCAAAACCAGAUUACGUUGGAUGAUGGAGAUGCCGGGUAUGGGUGUGCCGCCACAUCCAUAUGGAUCGCCUACAGACAUUCCCAAAAAUAUAAGUUCCAUAGAAUCUCAAAGUAAAGUGGAAGUAAUGGAAUUGUCAGAUCUACAUCAUCAUCCUAAUUGUAAAAUCAAUAGAAAACCGACCGCAGCUGACUUAAGCGUGGGAGCUGGGGGUGACAGUUGUAGAAGAGAGAGUGAAAGCUCUGAUUCUAUUUUAUUGUCUCCAGAAGCAUCGAAAGCAACAGAAGCUGUAGAAUUUAUAGCAGAGCAUUUACGCAACGAAGAUUUAUAUAUACAGACUAGAGAAGAUUGGAAAUAUGUGGCGAUGGUGAUAGACAGACUUCAGUUGUACAUGUUUUUCAUAGUAACUACAGCAGGAACUGUAGGUAUCUUAAUGGAUGCUCCUCAUAUCUUUGAGUAUGUUGAUCAAGAUAGGAUAAUAGAGAUAUAUCGUGGUAAAUAAGAUAAUCACCUUGGCUAAUGAAUAAUGUGGAUUCCACAAAAUGGCCUACGAAGCUAUACUAGAAAGUGAUUAAAAUAUAUAUAGUUUGUGCAUAAGAGACAGUUUCCUACUAGUAAUUGAAUAGAAACUAAAAGAUUAAUAAAACUGACGAAAAAUUCGAGGAAAAUAGUAUAGUUAAAUCAAAAUAACUUUUAACCAAAUUAGGAGCUCUUGAUGUUAUCCAUGAUAUUUUCUUUUUAAAUAAAAUUAGCAUCAUCCCAUUGUACAAUACAGUAUUAUGCAAAAUAUGUUACUAUUGUUGAACCUCAAGUAUUUCAAUCAGGAUAAAAUCAUGUGUUCUCUACUUCCAGCUCAACUUUUAAUAUAAAUAUUUUCAUUUCAUUAAUUGAAAUUAUAUUUUUAAGAAACACUUUUUUCUUAAUAACUUUUUUUUGUUAUCUUGGUACGAAAUGAAUAAUUUCAAAUUGUUACUAAAUUUAUCAUUGAGAUUAGCAAAAUAUAAAGUUAAUUCAAAUAUUUUUGGCAAAUGAGAUUAUUAUUUGCUUUGUUUCUUUUUUAAUAUAUUUUAGCUUUCAGUUGAAAAUGACACAUUGCCUAUCACAUGGAAAACUCGCUUGCAUACCCAGCUAUAGUAUCAAAGUUAUAAUUUACAAAUUGCACAAUUAACUUUAUCAAUCUUAAAUUCGAAAAUAUACUUAGAUAUUCAAGGGAGGUUUUUUCAGUGGUAAAGCAAUGUUUGUGAACCGUUUUGUACUUUUGUACCGAAAAUAAUAUAAUUGCUUGCACACUACGCUUUAGAGACAACUAAUCAUUCGAGUCAUAACCAGCUUUUUUUCUUAAUUCAAAUAUAUUUGGAUGACAUAAAGGUCGGACUUACGGUUCAUUAUAUUUCAAAUAUAUGUACGAGGGCGGUUUGAUGGAAAUGUAAAUUUUCAAAGAUUGACAAUAGUUUCGCUAGAGUGAUUUAAUUAUUAGUUUCUGCUAUGUUUCUAAAAUCAUCUGUCAAGAUUUCACAUGGAUCAUUGAUAGUCAAAUAGAAUAUAAAACUAUUGAAGAAACCAAGGGAGAGUCACGUAAAUAUUGUCCUAUUAACACAGACGAUGUUUAAUACCUUCAUAUGCUAUAACUACUCCAAAAAUGCUUAAAAAAUUCCCUACCUUGUAUUUGGCGAUCGUGGUAUAAAAGUAUAUAAAAUUAUGCAUGAAAAGUUACAUAUAAAAAAGUUAUUUAGAAAGUGUGUGCCGCGAUUGCUUGAUGCUGAUGAAAAGAUUACUCGCAUUAAAAAUUCAAGUAUUUAGAUAUCUUGAAACGUAAUCAGUCCAUAGAUCACAGUAAAUGAAGCUUUGCGGAUGGUUUUUGGAAUGCCUGGAAAUCCGUUGGAAUAGAAUAUUUUUCACAUUCAUUUUUCUCAUGGAAACCUCACAAAUUCUCAUGAAGGCAAACUUUAUAUAUAAAAGUUAUAGAAAGAUAACUCGAGUUGAUUCUAGUUUAUACAUUAUCCAAUAUUUUUUCUAACCAUAAAGUUUUGAUAUCUUCCAAAGAGGAUGAAAUAAAUGGUUGCAAGCUGAUACAAGAGUAGCCUACAUCGAAUGUUUAAUGUUCCCCUAUAUAAAUUAUUAUGGGAAUGAUCUUAUGUUUUAGUCAAUUUUUAAUCACGUACAGGUGUCAGCUAAUGUAGAUUAUACAAUAGGUCAAUUUAUUCGCAUUUAUGUAUGUAUGGUUCUAUAUUAAUAUCUAGCACUAUAUAAGUAUGCCUACAGUAAAAUAUUGCAACGGCAGUAAGUUAGUGUAUAGUUGUUAAUACUAAAUUUAAACACAAAGAAGAGAAUGAAAUUCAUAUAAUCCCAGGUAGAGUAACAGUAAAUCAAAUUUAUCUCAUUAUAAUACCCAAGAAAAGAAACAGAAUGAUCCGCGAGGUAGGUUUAUACAGAUAUAUCACAUUCUGGUGCUAGCAUAGCUAUGCCUAAACGUGAUAGAAAAACAAAAUAAACAGGAAAAGACGAACAUAUGCAGAUGUUUCACGAUGUUGACAAUAUACUUAAAAAUAUUUAUCCAAAAUUUCUGUCAAGUGACACGUUCACAUUUGGGUUGCUUCGCUCUCGUUGGAGAACCAACCGUUGAAAGUACUUUAUUCACAUUUUUGGCCAGGGACACAUCUAUACUGAUGCUGCUUCCUAGACGUUCCUCUAGAUCUGCACGAGAUAUUUUACUCUAUGUAAUCAAAUAGUUUAAUUCCCGUAUUAUAUAUAUAUAUAUAUAUAUAUAUAUAUAUAUAUAUA